AUGGAACAUAAGGCUUUGUGGGCUUUGAAAUUUUUAAACUUUGAUCCUCAUGAGACUCAAAGCAAACGUAGAAGUAAAUUGUUAGAGGUUGAAGAGAUGCGGUUACGUGCAUAUGACUCAUCCAGGAGUUAUAAAGAAAAGUUGAAACCAAAAUGGUCGGGACCUUUUGUGAUAAAGCAUGUAUAUCCGAAUGGAGCUGUGGAAUUGGAGAAUCCAAAUGAUGAUGGUCAGCAGCAGAGUUGGGUGGUAAAUAGUCAAAGGCUCAAACAUUAUUUGGGAGGAGAAGUGAAGCAAUUCUCCAUGGUGAUGAUGUUUGUGGAUCCAUGA